AUGUUGCUGGACUCACCGACUCACAGAUGCUUCUGUCGGUUGGAUAGAGCUCUUGCAGCAUGCUUCGUACCCCAUUCUGUUGCCUAUCUGCCUGAUCAGAGACUAAAUAGUGAGCUUGUGGAUCAGUGCCUGCAUGGUCGAGGGAUGGCCGUGUUUAACCAGCGCCACAAGCACUUUGUUUCGGGGACUGUCAGCAUCCAGACCACCGAAGAUCUCCACCAGGGUCCUCCCCCCUUCAGUCUCCAUCGUAUCUGCAAGCUCAGUGGAGCCUCUCAUCUCACAGCUGCCCGCAGAUGCUUCUAUGAGGCAACGGAGUUACCAGCUCAAGGUGAUCAUCGUCAAUGUCCGAGGGCAUUGCAAUAUCUUGCUGUGCCUGUACUUUCUGCGAGUCGAGCAUCAGCGACGGCAUCGCCAAAAUGUCCGACCGCGAACAUGACGAAAAAUCGACGGCAAAAUUAG